GAAGAGCAUAAGCGAAACCUGAAGUAGACUAUUUCAUAACACGGUCAAGUGACGUUGAAUAUGACAGAUUUUGAUGAAAGGAGUGGUGCGGUGGUGGUAAAAACCGACUGGGGGCAGUGGUUUCAAUCAAUGGAAGACCUAAAUAUAGAAAUCAAUGUCCCACCAAAUACUAAAGCUAAAGAUAUCAAAUGUGAUAUUGGAAAUAAACAUUUGAGUGUUGAUGUUCAUGGAAACACCAUCAUAAAUGGAGAUCUGACAGAACCUAUUCAUACAGAUGAUGCUGUCUGGACUUUAGAGGAUGGGAAGUUAUUGAGAAUCUGUUUAAGUAAAACUUACACGACACCAGACCAUUGUUGGAAGUCGUUAUUGAUAGAUCAAUAUCAGGCUGAUAGUUUCAUCUACGACGAGAUGCAGAAAAAACUUACUUUAGAAUCUUUUCAGAAAAAGAAUCCAGGAUUUGAUUUCAGUGGUGCAAGUAUUUCUGGUAAAUAUCAAGACGGUGGACCAUCCCUUCCUGAUACUUAGUUGUCAUGGAAAUGCAUUUAAAGGAAAUGUCCCAGAUAUCACAGACUACUUUAAAUCUAAAAACCAAAAACCAAAUGGUGCGAAGCAUUGCUGCUGUUUUGGCCUCACUCCAUGCUAAUCAUGUACAUGUCUGCACUUAAAUGAGCAGAAAUUAUCUCUGAGCUUCUGAUUUCAUCAAAUUCGCAGGGUAAUUCCCCAGACCAUACGCCAAACUUGAUGUCAUUUCCACCUAUGACCCCUCGCUGCUCAAAUUCAUGGACACGCCCUUUCAAACUGUAAUAAAAUAGUUUAUUGAUCUAGUGAAGUUAAAACUUGUAAGUUUUGGGCAGUUUGGGAAUGAUUGUUAAAAUUGUUUAACAGAGUUUGGCAACUCGGAUAUUGGCAGGGUUAUCCAGACUCUACUGCCACUGAUAAUAUAGAGACUGGUCACACUAGACUAAGAUCACCAUUUUUACGAUUCUUUCAUGCAGAAUUUACCCGUUUAUUCACUAAACUAUAUCUGGGACAGAUCCUUUAAUGAUUUGAAGAAGACGACCCUAACUCAUGUUUUAUGAAUUAGAUGUGUUUUUUUAGACAUCUCAUGUGUUUUUUAGGCAUUUCAUGUGUUUUUUAGGCAUUUCUUGUGUUUUAGACAUCAUAUAUCAUGUAGUGUUUAAAUGGCAUUUAAGAAUUGACAAUCAUAAAUAAAUAUAUAGAACUAUAUGGAAUAACAAGAUAUUAAAACCCAUUCAGGCGCUUAUAUUUAAACUAGUUCCAAAUCACCGGAGAUUUGAAGUUAGGAUCUGACAAGGACAGCUGUAUAGUCAUUCGGAUGGUACAAAAAAAACAAGGUCCCGUGUACACAUUGGCGUGCACGUAAAAGAUCCCUUGACAGUUGGAAUUCGAUAUAAGAGUAGGCCGCUGUUGCUGCUGUCCGGAAAAAAUUUCCCUCAUAGCACACUGUAUGGCGUAUGCCCGUCUUCAUUAGUCCAGUUUGGAGCAGAACAGUAGGAUGUUAAACCCAUUUCAUUUCAUUUAAGUUAGGAUAGUGUUGCGUUUACACAUACUAUAAACCAAACUUGUUUAAACUAUUUGCUCCUGGUCAGUUAAAGGUUAGAGGUAAUUAUGCAUGAACACAUGUCGUCAUUUUGCCAGGAGGAUAGCGUGCCUGAAGCAAACUGGUGCCGAGCUGAUACUUUCAGACGGCCAAGAUAAGAUAGCUUUUAAGAAAAGUCUUCUCGAAGACAAGUACAGAGCUGUGUUUUUUAAACCAAUUUAUUUGCCUCAACUCAGAGUUCAUACACUCCAAUUAAACUGGUAUAACGAUAGCCGGGGAUUUUAAUUUUUUAAAACCAGUUUAACAUGCGUGUCUGAACUCUAAACAUGGAUAUCUGGCUGUAAAUCUCAUGAACCAAACAUUCUUAGACUUAAGUUAAGAAUUUACUCAACUUUCAAUCACUGUUUAUGAGAAAUAUCUUUGAUCCAGAAUUUGCACUUUAUUGUUGAUGUAUUUGAUACAUUAAAACAACAAAAGUUUUAUAAAGGGCUAUAUUUUAGUUAAAAUAAGGUGAACAAUUUUGAGUAAAUUCUUAACUCAAGUCUGAGAAUGAUUUGUGACUUGGGUGAAGAUUAGUAAGACUGAGGGAAAUAAAUCAGAUCAUAUAACAAUUUAUUUUGUAUAUAAAUGAGGGGAUUUAGGUGGCUGAAGUGUUUUAACGUGUGCUCUGUAAGUCAUAAGGUCUGUCAUUGAGUCAAGUAGUGUGGUUUCGAUUCCCAACUUGUACAUGACAAGGAGUAGAGUCCACUGUUCAACCUCGCGGGUUUUCUCCAGGUCCUCCCACUGCUAAAGACCCGAUUCGCGAGCGAUUUAUUGCAAUUGAACCAUAUGUUAGUCCCGAUAUAACCUAGUUUCAGUCGAAUGGACGUUAAACCCCAUUUUUCUCUCUAUGUGUAUAAAUGCUUGUUUCUUUACCAUCUGAAUCUUGCCUGAUAAAGAGAGAGCGAGAAAUGGGGUUUAACGUCCACUCGACACAAACUAGGUCAUUUUGGGACUAACAAUAAUUCGCUUGCACGUAGGGGUCUUCGGUAGUGGGAGGAAACCGGAAGACUCGGAGAAAACCCACGAGAUUGGACAGGCGACCCUAAUCCUCAUCACGUACAACCAGGGAAUCGAAACCACGCCAGUUGACUCACUGACAGACCUUAUGAUACAGCGCGCAUGUGCUAACCAUUCGGCCAUCCAACCCAGCUUUGCCUGAUAAAGAUUAGAACAUCUUAGUUUAAAUAUCCGAUUAAUAAAAGCUAAGUAAUUGUUAUUCCAGAUAAUUGUAUAUAUUUAUUUAUUAUAUUUAUGUAGAUUCAUAUCACGUGCUAUGUAAAAUCUAAAAGCUGAAAGCCAUUGAUUGUCAUUUACAAAGAUAUGAUCAAUUGAAAUUAUUGCAAAAUUCAACUUCGGAUGCAGACAAAAAAAACCCAAAACAGCAACACUUAUAUGUAUCAAUCUGACUAAAAUACACAUCUAUAUUUCGUUUCGUUUUUUAUACUUUUGAUGGCCUACACUAAAUGAAGAUCUGACUAGUUUUACGAGCGAUUUUUGACCCUAUGACAUCACACAAUCAGCGUUGACGUUUCUAGUGGUUUACCCACAGUUCUGUGUAUAGCGCGCAAAGAAGUCGCCGUAACAGACUGUUUCAUUGGCUAAUCCCUCUCGCCAUCCAGAAUGCAUGUUAUAUAACAACUCUUCCAGAUCCUAGUGUAGUACAGACAAAUAAAACAAAAUUUUGAACUAUAAAAACGAAACAAAAUAGGAUCUGUGUUUUAACCAGAUUGUAUAUGUGUUGGAUAAAUUCUAAAUUUAGGAGAUCAUCUAUUGUAAUUAAAGGUCACCGCAAAAGCUUCAUAACUUUUAUAGAUAAUGCAAGUAAUUAUGUCAACAUAUCCUUUCCAUAAGUAUAACAGGAACCCGAAUGUCAAUAUUACCUUUUAUCGGUGACCAUUAAAUAUUAUAUACUCAAUUUGAGUAUAUUUUAGCAUGGAUUAAUUUGUGAAAAAAUUUGAUAUUGACCGAAAAACCGCAAAUGACAAUCAAUGCCUCGGCCUAUAGGUGUAAAGAUUUUGGUCAUUUAUUUAACAGCUACUCCACUUUAUUUAUCAAUUUUACAACUUUCCGAAAUUUUAUCCGGAUUAUCGCUUUUUAUUGUUUAAUUUAACAUUGUAACGUGAACUGGCUGACUUAUCGCCAUUCACCAGACGACCAUCAUCAACACUGGUCGCAUUAUUUCCUCUUUCUUGUAAAUCAUUGUUUUGUUUUUUAUUUUGAGUGAAGCCUGGUAUUAUUACAGGUCCGGGUGGAUACGUACGGCAAACCCGCCAGAUCCAUUCACUUAAUUAUAUAUUAUUGCUUAUUUCUUGUGUAUUUUUUUGUCUUGUCCACAGUUUUUUGUCAAUUUUGUUUGCAUGUAGAUCUUUCCCCCUGAAUCCAAUGAGAUAUAUUAUUUUGGGUGCAUAUGAAUUAUAUAAAUUUAAAAUAUGUGACCUGUGAAAGCAAAAUGAGAUGGAAGUCGUAAGUCACUGUUUACUAUAUACAUAUAUCGGAUGAACAAAAAUCUCGAAAUAGGCUAAAAAAUAUUAACGAAAUAGAGUUUCUUUUAUUUGUCAAAUCUAAACUUUAAACAUACAUUAUGGGAGAUUAGAUAAAGAGCUGGCAGUUCUCACUAUGAUAGUUAAAAACUAGAUAAUAUAAAGGCAAUUUGCUGAAAAUUUCAGUCAAAUUUAUCCACUCUGAACCGAUCAUUUAGCGAUUGAAUUUUAGCCUACUCUCGAUCAUCAUAACUAAAGUUACUAAUCAUGAAUGAAAGGUGAGCACCAAAUCGGAUCCUAAUCCAGUAAAUAUUGUGGGCUACCGAUGGCAUCGAGAGUUGAUUAUGGUCUGGAGAAGUUAAUUAAUGUCUAAUUAAUAGUUUAUAUAACAUUUCAGGCCUAAAGAAAGACCUGCAUUAGGCAGAUUUAGCUCUUGCAUAAUGUAUGUUUAACAUUUUGUGCUGUAUCAUUAAAAAUAUAAUUUUAGUCUUUUUUAAGAGUUUUGUUCAUAUCGCUACUACUUGCGACUCAUUUUGUUAUCACAGGUCACGUAGAUUGUCAGUAUCUCUCUCUAUUUGUUCUCUGGUCUCGGCUAAUUCUGGUGCUCAAAUAAAUUGUAAAAUAGAAUUUAAGGGCAGCUAAAUUUCACAGAAUGAAGAAACGAAAUCGUCAGUUUCAUGUCACUUUAAAACAUCGAAGCCGUUGUUCAGGUCACAGGUCCACACAGUAACAAACUAAGUCUGUACUGAAUUUAAACUCAUUGUUAAGAAUCACUGGUUACCAUGACAACAGUGGGGACAUUAGUUGUUGACAGAAACAUGGAAUUUGAAAUCUUAAAAUAAAUUCUUGAACUAUUAUGGAAAAUAAAAUGAUUAAAGAUUAAAA